AUGGCAGAAAGUAAAGGUGCGUUAAUAGCGAAAACAGUGCAAAAACACGCCGGAAGGGCAAAGGAAAAGUUACUCCAGAACCUGGGCAAAGUUGAUCGGACCCUAGACGACAUCUUCGAGGAGCACCUCCAGAACUUCAACAGACAGCACCAACAGGCGGUGCGGCUUCAGAAGGAAUUCAACAAUUACAUAAGAUGUAUACGAGCCGCCCAAACCGCGUCCAAGUCGCUAAUGGAAGCGAUCACAGAGGUGUACGAGAGCGGGUGGUCGGGGCACGACCUGCUCUAUGUGCAGGCUCAGAACAUGGAGAUGCUGUGGCAGGACUUCUCGCACAAGCUCGGUGACCAAGUGCUCAUCCCGCUCAACACUUACACCAACCAGUUUCCUGAAGUCAGGAAAAAGGUCGAGAAGCGUGGGCGCAAGUUAGUGGACUAUGACAGUCAGAGGCAUAGUUUCCAGAACUUGCAGUCCAAUGCGACCAAGAGAAGGGACGACGUCAAGGUGACUAGAGGCCGCGAACAGCUGGAGGAGGCAAAGCGCACGUACGAGGUUCUCAACUCGGAGCUGCACGACGAGCUACCGGCGCUGUUCGACUCUCGCGUUCUCUUCUAUGUCAACAACCUUCAGACGCUUUUCUCCGCCGAACAGCUCUUCCACUCCGAGAGCUCGAAGGUAUUCGCGGAGCUGGAGGCGAUAACGGACAAACUGGCGACGGACUCACAGCGCGGCUCAUACAAGAAGGCCCCGAACAAUGUGGUCAAGAGUGCCACGCUCAACUCGCACAACGGAAACCCGCCCUCGCCGGCCAGCACCGUGCAGACGCCACCCUCCCCCCCUUCGCCGAGCCCGCCCCGGGAGUCCCCGCCGACGCCCAGGGCGGCAGACUCGCCGCAAACUCCGCGCGAGUCCGAAUCGCCGGUUAACGACGCGCCUUCGCCCCCCAUGAAUGGACACAAGGAACACAACGAUACGACGACAAACGCGAAAGACAUAGACGACAAAAAGGUGGAGGAAUUGUACGACAUACCAGUCGGGUCGCCGGUCACUGAGGCGAUAAAUAAUAACGUGGAGGAAAAGAGACAAGAAGAGAAAGACAAAGAGACAGUUGACGGGAAAGAGACAGACAAUCGGGUGAAGAGUGACGAUGUUUAUGACAUACCCGUCGGAGCAACGCUAGCGGGUCUACCGGCGGGCACACUGUACCGCGUACGCGCAACAUACCGUUACACGCGCGAAGAUAGCGACGAGCUGUCUUUCGAGGUUGGAGAUAUCAUUCGCGUCGUGGAGUACGAUGACCCCGAUGAACAGGAGGAAGGUUGGCUGAUGGGCAUCAAAGAGACGACUAACGAGAAAGGGAUGUUCCCAGCUAACUUCACGCGUCCUAUAUGA